AUGGCUACAAAAUCACCUUAUUUUGCUUCAGGAACGUCGACUUUGGUCUCAGUUGGCCGCACAUUACGGUCAGCAAGCCGUAGAAACCAUGUCAAGAUAGAAUACGAGAGUAAAGAAGAAACACGAAAUGAUAGCGAAGGAAAUACAAGACAAUCGAAGAGCGAUAAUUUCGGCAAUGGCAGUGCAGAUCAAGAGUCGCAUCCACGUGCAAGCAAGCGCCCUAAAAAGGAGACAGACAGCGUGAAAGUCGAGACAGAGAAUGCUGGCACUUGGACACCAAAGAACUGGCAGCAACAGUUGGAAAACAUCCGUGAAAUGCGACGAGACCGCAAUGCAGCUGUAGACCACCAGGGCUGCGAGAGAACAGCCGAUGUCACUGCUCCCCCUGAAGUACAACGAUAUCAAAUCCUUAUUUCCCUGAUGUUAUCAAGUCAAACUAAAGAUCAAGUCACUUUUGAAGCUAUGAGAAAGUUGAAAGAAAACAAUCUUACUGUUGAAAAUAUCCUAAAAAUGUCUGAGGAUAAGAUUGGGGAGUUGAUAAAACCAGUUGGAUUUUGGAAGAAAAAAGCAGGUUAUAUCAAGAAGGCAACUGAAAUAUGUCAUGAGCAAUAUACAGAUGAUAUCCCACCUACUGUGGAGGAACUGGUUAAACUUCCGGGGGUGGGACCCAAGAUGGCAUACAUUACUAUGAAUGUGGCUUGGAAUAAAUUAUCUGGGAUAGGUGUGGAUACUCAUGUACACAGAAUUUCCAACAGAUUGGGCUGGGUCAAGAAAACAACAACAGUACCAGAACACACUCGUAUUGCUUUAGAAAGUUGGUUACCCAGGGAGGAAUGGAAUGACGUCAAUGUAUUGUUGGUUGGUUUUGGUCAGCAGAUAUGUCUCCCUGUCAAACCUUUAUGUAGCAAGUGCUUAAAUGUUAAUAUUUGCCCAUUUGGAAGGAAAAAUAAAAAGAAAUAG